GUCAGGAUCUGUGUGCUAGGCAACGCAAGUCAGGUGUGGAUAGGACCCGUUUCAGUGAUUCAGUGUGCAAGUGAUCUCAGCGGUUGAUCGACAGGUGGUUUGUUACAGAGCUAGCUGUGGUGCAUUCCAAAGUUUGAUUUCUAACUGUCGUCACUUUUUAUAAGGAAACAGGAGUUUUGAUAAACAUGGCUGCCUCUGGAAUAGCUGAACAUGCUGAAGCUCGCAGGAAACAGAUCGUCAUCAACAGGAGAGCCUACAAUAUCAAGAAUAUGAUUGAGGAACUAAGAGACAACCCGGAUAUGUACAUGCCCCCACCAGCAGAGCGUCCCCAGUCUAAGUACGACACAGAGUACUCCUCCUCACACAUGAGGAAAGUUGGCAGUCCGCCAGGGAUCUCCGACCAUCACGCCCCCAUCAUUGACAAACUGCGGCGAGAGCAAGUGAGACAACAGCAGCUAGUGGACUACUCCGCCAAACUACCUGGAAGGCUUUCUUCCACAGACUACACCCAACAAUGGUAGAAAUACAGUAUCACCUGUCCUACUUCGACAACCUGUCUCCAUGGCAACCACUGCGCUUGGAAGAGCUUUGCCGAUUGUUAAUAUAAGCUGUCCUAACCUACUUUUGGGUGUUUUUCAACAAUGCAACAGGGUUUUAUGAAGUCACCUCUGCAUUAAGUAUUUAAAUUUUGAAAAUUGAUCCAAAUGUAUAAUUGUGAUGAGUGAUUAUAGUGUUAAGACCGUCAGUAUUACUUUAUCCAUAUACAGUAUUUUUCAUGUUAUCUGGUAACACAAUCUUCCUUUCAAAGAACAGCACAAAAGCCGUCAAAGCUGGAACAGAAUAAUUUAUGAUUUUUCCAUUUGGCAUUUUAACUGUUCUUUAAUAAGAUGUCAUUUCAAGUUUGUGAUCAUUUUCAUAUAUGUUUUAAGUGGCAAUAUUUCCUGUUUUAUGAAUAUUAUAACACUGUUAGAACUUUUGAUUUGAAAUACAUCUAGAAGUUUGCCCUGUUAUUAAGCUCCUGUGAUAUUUCUGUUUUGUUAGUGUCAAGUGAUACAUUUAUUUUAUGUCACCGAGUAAGCUAUUCUUAUUCACCCUGAAAACACUUAACAUUCUUUAUUUUAUUUUCACAAACAUAAUACUGUGACUUCUUUAUCACAAGAUUUGAGGCCUGUUUGUCAUGUUAAUUGCCCCAUUUGAUUACCUAAGUUUGAAUCGUCUAUUGAUUUGAGAAUCAAUGAUCUAUCUUGAUUUUCUUACGAGAUAUGAAUAAGCCUUUCUUUACGUUUAUAUCUUCCUAACUAUCAAGGAACUUAUGCUACAAUAAUCAUGAUAAUAGUAUUUUAUUGUACUGUCAUACUCAUCAACCAAUCAAAUGAGGACCACAGAUGUUUUAGUGCAUAUGAACAAACAAUGAUUGAAUACCUCUUUGGAUCAAAGCCAGUCACACAACAUCCUUCAGAGUGACCUCUGUUUAAGGGGAACUUGCCUAAUCAGGGCUGAGAUUACUUUGUCCUGAACACUGGAAGUCAGGUCUGACUAACAUUGAACAUACCUAAGCAUUCUGUUCCAAUAAGCUUUGUUUUGAAAACUACAAUUGUGAGUGUUUUCAUUUUGAUAUUUGAAUGAAGUACUAGUAUUCCAGAGCUAACAUAGGGGUAAGUAUUCUUUAAUAAAUGCCUGCCUUUAAUUCUUUUUAUGUUUCUCUGGGUGCAGACAAGUAAUACCGUAUUCGACGUAAUAAGCGCCCCGCUCUAAUAAGCACCCACAGAAAUAUUUGUUAAUAUAUUGGCUAGUGAACAAUCCAAAUUAGCACCCCUUCUAACUGAUCAAUGUACACAAGACUUAUUUAUUCGUGUAUAAUAUUCACUCAUGUGUUAUAUACACCCUUAAUUAUGGGCAAUUAAAUUCUUGAAAAAUUUAUCUUUCGUGUAUAAUAGGAACAGACUUUUCUUUUGUAUCAUUUCAGGCUGUCAGCGUAAACCACGAAAUUUACGAUCUUUCAACUCUGGGUUUUUUUCACUGAAAUUUUAUUCUAUUAAGAGACCUCUAUUUCUAAUUUUGAGAGCGCCCUGGGCGCUUAUUACGUCGAAUACGGUACAUCAUGUAUUUCAAGGGAAUCAGAAUAGGCUAGUCAAAGAUAUCUUGUUUGUAGUAACUGCUUUACACACUUGUUUUUGUUGAACAAUGUUACAGUGUCUUACAUCAAAUCAGAUCCCUUUUCAGAGAUCAAGUUUUGGUAUAACCUUUUAAUUACUGUUCACUUAUCAUGCUUAAAAUAUAAGAAUCAAUUCAUUUGUAUAUAUUCUUGACUUAAAGACAGUAACUAGUAAUGAUACAUCAUCGUUGCAAGAAAAAUCAAACAGGUGAAAACCUUUUAUAAGUAUUAUUGUCAGGAUAUUUACUCAGAUAUGCACACAUGUAUUUGAAGCACCAUUCAGUAUUACUUUUGUAGGUUUGCUUUACUGUGUAUAUUGUAUGUGUUUAUCAUGCACUGGCUGCCUUAUGAUUUAUACAAUAAACUGUUUAUCACAUGA